GGGCUGACCCUCACGCUGCUCAUCUUCUUCGACCUGGCCUGGAGGCUGCGCAUCAACUUCCCCUACCUCUACAUGGUGGCUUCCAUGAUGCUCAAAGUCCGCCUGCAGGUUCAUAUUGAGAUCCAUUGAAGGCCUUCUGCUGACUGACAAACGCGUGUCAUCGGGCUCACCACACCAGGGAACACGCAGCAUGAGGGACAGAGUGGGGGCUCUGGGCACCCGCCUCGGGAAGGUGAAGGGGACAGGAGAGGACUCAGACAGGCUGCUGUGUGGACUUAAAGGAGCACGGGGUGAGACCUCUUGCCCUUCCUCCUGGAUGCGUACGCCUGCGGUUGAUGCAGAUGGAAAUUCGCAAAAUGAGGAGUUAUCGACGGAAGUGAAAAACGCUCUGAAGGAUGUCAGCCUCUCGCUUCACAACAGCGACAAAGCGCUUCCAUGUUGGGAAGAGUCAUUAAGAAGAAGUUCAGCUUGCACAGCAGCCCAGAGCAAGACUGUGGCUCUGUCCUGGGCCCCUGCAGGAGAGCGGUGUGCCGGGGUGUCCUGUGGUGAGGGGGGAGCACUGGAGGGAGCCUGGCCCGGAGGACGGUGCCGCAUAGGAGAGCCGUGUGGGUCGGGACUACCGUGCCUUCAGAAACGGUCACAAGUGGGGAUUUCUGAGGAGGAACCGCCAAGUGCUCUUCUAGACGGGCAAGGCUCUGAGUCGGAACUGUCUUGCCCGCGCUUCGUCCUGUCUACACUGCUGCACGCGCACCCGGAAGUAUUCCUGAACGAUGAGACAGAAUGUGUUUUCUUUGGCCGCUCAAAGCCUGCGUUUUCCUAGCAAACAGAAUACAAGAAAAUGCUUUCACGUGUGAAAAGUACCUCAGCCGAUCUGCAGAUCACCCUGGGGUUACUGGCUCUCCCAGCUUUGGGAGUAGCAAAUCCGUUACACCAUAGUUAAGGUACAAGCAGAACAAUAAAAAUAGUGAGAUUAAUUUUAAAAGCGGUUUUAGAAUGAUUUCUUUCACCCUGAGUCUGGA